UUCUCAGAGUGAGUCCUUUGGGAAGAGUCACAAAGCGUAUUCCUCCAGAGAGAGAGAAAGGGAGCGCAGUGUCGGGAGUCAGCCGCAGGAAGCAGCGCUGCUCGGGACCUCCGCUAAAGUCCCGCACCACUGGGUCGAGAGACACGAAGAGAAAGCAAAGAGCGAAAAGGGGAAGAAAGAAGCGUCAGAUGAGGAUGACAUGUGAUCUAGGUGCGAGCUGAUCUCUAUGUUUUCUCUGUGACAGCUCCAACUGUGGAUCUCCGAGCACACCAGGAGUGACUUUUACGCACCUUCCCGCACUGGGUCAGUCCGCGUCCUGGCGUCCGUGUGGCGAUUUAAAUUCGUGUUUCAAGUGACUGGCAUUUCGGAUUCUACUCUUCAGAUGUGAUUUCUCAUCAGUUCUAGCGCCCACUUCCACCUCAGGACUAGAAUUAAAGGAAUACAGAGUUCAUUGCCUGAUUUCCAGCGAAGCGCACUCAGCAGCAGCAGCAGCAGCGAAGAGCGCACCCACGUUUCUCCACUUGAAUCAGGGUGAAAGAUCAGGAGUGCACGGUGACGCGGGGAGAGACCGAAAGAACCGAGGUUUAGAGGCAGCAGAUCUUCGGAGGUUUGUUAAUGUUCGGGAUCCAGGAGAGCAUCCAGAGAAGCGGCAGCAGCCUGAAGGAGGAGCCGCUGGGAGGCAUGAACGCAGUCCGGGGCUGGAUGCAGGGGGGCGGCGUGCUGGACGCCAACACGGCCGCCCAAAGUGGAGUGGGUCUGGCCCGGGCUCACUUCGAGAAGCAGCCGCCCUCCAACCUGCGGAAGUCCAACUUCUUCCACUUCGUCCUGGCUCUGUACGACCGCCAGGGUCAGCCGGUGGAGAUCGAGAGGACCAACUUCGUGGACUUCAUCGAGAAGGAGAAGGAGACGAGCGGAGAGAAGACCAAUAACGGGAUUCAUUACCGGCUGCAGCUUCUUUACAGUAACGGCAUCAGAACGGAACAGGACUUUUAUGUUCGGCUCAUUGACUCCAUGACAAAACAGGCGAUUAUUUAUGAAGGCCAAGACAAGAACCCAGAGAUGUGCAGAGUGCUGCUGACACAUGAGAUCAUGUGCAGUCGGUGCUGUGACAAGAAGAGCUGUGGAAACCGUAAUGAGACACCCUCAGACCCCGUUAUCAUCGACAGAUUCUUCCUCAAGUUUUUCCUGAAGUGCAACCAGAACUGUUUAAAGAACGCGGGGAACCCACGGGACAUGAGGCGGUUCCAGGUGGUGGUAUCGACCACGGUGAGCGUGGAUGGACAUGUCCUGUCCGUGUCCGACAACAUGUUUGUGCACAACAACUCCAAACAUGGCCGACGGGCCCGCAGGCUUGACCCCGUGGAAGGAACGCAGUCUUACCUAGACCACGGAGCAGCUCCCUGCAUUAAAGCUAUCAGCCCCAGUGAGGGGUGGACCACGGGGGGCGCUACAGUCAUCAUCAUCGGAGACAACUUCUUUGAUGGUCUCCAAGUCAUUUUCGGUACCAUGCUGGUUUGGAGCGAGUUGAUCACGCCUCAUGCCAUCCGGGUGCAGACGCCUCCCAGACACAUUCCCGGGGUCGUCGAGGUCACUCUGUCUUACAAAUCUAAACAGUUCUGCAAGGGCACACCAGGAAGGUUCAUUUAUACAGCCCUGAAUGAACCAACCAUCGACUACGGUUUCCAGAGGCUUCAGAAAGUCAUCCCACGACACCCCGGGGACCCAGAGAGGCUGCCAAAGGAGGUUAUUCUGAAGAGAGCAGCGGACCUGGUAGAAGCCCUCUAUGGUUUGCCACAUAAUAACCAGGAGAUCAUCCUGAAGCGUGCGGCGGACAUCGCAGAGGCUCUCUACAGCGUUCCACGAGGACACACCCAGCUCUCCGGCUCCACCCACAGCGGCAUGAUGGGGGUCAACUCUUUUGCAGGGCAGCUGUCCGUCAAUGUCUCCGAACCACCACAGGCCAAUCAGGGUUUCGUGCGCAGCAGCAGUAGUGUGUCCCCUCACGGUUAUGUGCCUAGCUCCACGCCCCAGCAGACCAGUUACACCUCAGUCACCAGCACCAUGAACGGCUACGGUAACAACACAGGCAUGACCAACCUGGGAGGCUCGCCCACUUUCCUCAACGGCUCUGCAGCCAACUCGCCUUAUGCUAUUGUCCCAUCCAGUCCCACCAUGGCCUCCUCCACCUCCCUCCCCUCCAACUGCUCCUCCUCUUCUGGCGUCUUCUCCUUCUCUCCGGCCAACAUGGUGUCGGCGGCCGUUAAGCAGAAGUCAGCCUUUGCUCCGGUGGUCAGGCCCUCCUCCUCCCCUCCGCCCUCAUGUACCAGCGUCAACGGCAACGGGCUCCAAGAUCAGACAUUUGUGGACUCUAGCAAGUACUCAACAGCCAGCUCUCUACAAGGCCUGGCCUUCACCUGAACAAUCCCUGGAAUGAUUGUCCCACCCAUGUAAAAGGUGUGAGUACAUGAAUGUGUGUGUGUGUGUGUGUGUGUGUGUGUGUGUGUGUGUGUGUGUGUGCACGUGUGCGUGCGUGCGUGUGUGUGUGUAUGUGUGUGUGAGAUGAACCAAGCACACUCACACCGAUCCUGGCGGAGGAUUUUGGUGGGAGUCGGACUCCGGUCUGGGGAUGGAAGCAGCUGUCCCUAUCUGAAGGAACAAACCCAACUCAGGCCCUUUCUAACACGGAAAAAACAAACAACUGCAAGGAAACAAAUGUUUGCGAGGAAAAGAGUUGUUUAGACUUUGUACACCUUGAUGCUUUUAUAGGAGAAUGGCCACGCCUACAUCACGACUCUCCAUGGACACUGGAAGUGUAUUUAUUUUGGAGAGAAUCCACUUCCUCCCUUGAGCGAUUGUUGAUUUGUUUUAAUUUUUGUGCAGUUAACGUGUGAUAUUCAUCUUCUAACUGUAUCUCCUACAUGAGGGAUUUUCUAUUUAUGACGUCUGGUCGUUAAUGAAGGAAUAUAAUGUGAAGAAUACCUAACGAUGAUGGUGUUGAUGAUGAGUAAAAAACCAUGAUGAUGAUGAUGAUAAUGAUGAAGAGGCUGCAUGGAUUCAUACAGGGUCAAAUCCAGCCGACGCAGACAAGCCAAACCAGACACACACACACUAUCACUCCUCUUUGCCAAAUCCACACACGCUCUUUCAUCUCCAUUCAAUCAUUCAGUUUGAUGGAUUCAGAUGCUUCCUGCCUGCGACUGAUGCUGAUGAUGCUCUUCUGUGCUCGUUUAGUGAAAAAGUCCAAGUCUGCCUUUCAGCGAACACUCUGCAGAGAGGAAGAGAAUUCAGUCACUCAUCAAACCAAGACGAACUUUGUUUUAAGAGAGAGAGAGUGCAUACCUCCACCAAAUGAAAACCACACUUAAAUCCACUGGAUACUGAUUUGUAUUUGGAUCCGCACAAAACUGCGCAUAAACCCCCGCCUGAUCCUCCUGGUAAUCCAUCUAGUAGUUUUUGCGUAAUCUUGCUUACAACAAACCAACCAACGAAUGGAUCUGCAGAGGUGAAAACAAAACCUCCUCGGUAAUAGUUAGUUGUAAAAAGGCCAUAAAUUGAUGAAGCUCCAACCUAACAGAGAGGUGUGUGAUGACUUGAUGCCAACAGCAGCUUCACUGUCGAGGAUUUGACCCAACAACUCUGCCAACGAGUCUGUCCAUCGCUCCUGUGACCAUUUGAUCUGUUUUUAAGUGGGACGCAGCCACGGUGACCUCUAAGGGACAACAUGUCUUAAAGACUGCUGCCAUUUUGACUUCAGUUUUGCUGUGGGAUUUGAUUUCGUAUGUAUCUCAUAUUUUUGUCUUAACUCCCUCUGUUGGUUUGCUGUGACUUUAACUCUUUUUGUUUUUUUUCGUGAUUAGACAGCCAAUCAGAUUUGAUUGUGUAACCUGCCCACUGAUCUAGUGAAAACUAGCCAAUGGUGUGUCUUAAAUUCUGCGCUGCAAGAAUUGCCAAGUCGUUAAAGUUUCAACUGAGUCAAAAAAAAAACUUUAACUGAGGUACAUGGCUUAAAAUCUGCCCCACUUAACAUUUAUUUAAAGGAGACAUAGUUUGCUUUUGAGUUUUCCUUUCCUCUAGUGUGUUAUAUAGUUUUUUGUGUAUGGAAAAUUUCUGCAAAUUUAAAAGGCCAAAAGUUCACUGUAAAAGGAGCUCCCCACAGUGAACGAAACUGAAAUGCCUUGUCGAUAGUCCGAUGCCCCACGUUUGCACAAUCCACACCUAGCGACUGGUCUGGCACAGUCCCUAACAAAGCCAAGUGAGGCGAGAGCAGAGGCCGACAUUUCCUACACACAGUGGAAGUGGUUGGCCAAUCACAACAGAGUGGGUCAACUGACUUAAAGAGACAGGAGCUAAAACCAAGUAUCUCGGACAGAGGCUGAACAGAAGAGCUGCAGCAAUAGACAGUACGAGGAGAGUAAUUUGUUUUCUAAACAUUGGCAGUAAGUAAUUCAAAUUAUUAACCUCAAUACAAGCAUAGUAUGUCUCCUUCAACCAUAAUUACAUCCUGCUUUUGCACAUAUUUUCUUAAGAAGUAAAGAUUCCAUGUCCACACGGGACAGUUUUUGCAGCGCAGGGCAACUUGCCAGCAACAUGUCUUAAAAUUGCAGUGUGUGGAAACUCCCUGAUGGUUUGUUGUGAACGUCACUGCUCCCUCAGCACUGCAGUCUGAGCUUGCACCUCACUGUGUGUGAUUCUAUAGUCUUAACGCUUUUAAUUUGUGUUCUGUUAAUUUUGCCAAAGCCCUUAUUUGAGAUGUUGAUGCCCAAACAGUCUUAUGCCACAGUUUCCCUGCUGUUCAACACGUGUUUUCUUGUCACAAGCAGUAUAAGCCAAUAAUGUUAUUUUAUGUCAGUGCUGUAUAAGAGAGUCAGAUUUCAGAUUUGCCACAACUAGAAACUAUUUAAAAGGGAAUUUUACUGGACAGAAAACCUCACUAUACCCAAACUUAAACUUCAGAUUGAUGCUAAAUGAGUGAAAAACACCCUCUCAGACAAAAGUCAGUAGCCUCAGCAGACUGACGGCAGUAUUCAAAACUAAAACCCUGAAAACUCACGUCCUUCAUUAUGUUCACAUGUUCUCAUUUGCUUUGUCUUUUUGUCAGAGGACCUGAAUGUUUUUUGAUUUUAUAUUAUAUUGUCUGUUUAUUAAAAGCCAUACUUCCACUGCUUAUUUCAAUCAAACUAAAAGAAGCCAUGGUGUAUUUUUUUUAAUAAUUUCUAAGUUAUAGAAGUUUCAUUUUGUAUCAUCAAUGUUAAAGUCUGCAUAAUUCUUUUGUAUUAUCUAGACGUAGCAUUUACAAAUUUGUCAAUAUGAUUGUCUGUGUUUGUCUUUCAUGGAAUGAUGAUGAAAGAAAGAGAUGGAUGGAAAAAAUGUCUCUUUCUCUCUCCUUUCUCCUGCUCCAGUCAGGUUUUCUGUCCUCUCUCUGCUCCCUUUCCUCUCUUCAUGUCCCUCCCCCACCUUGUUUUGAUUGUGCUAUUAAUACUCUGUAUGUUUGACUUCUGCUUUUUCUUUUUCUUCACUUUUCCUUUUAAAAAAAAUGAGCCACCUAUUUAUUUUAUCUCAAACAUGGGUCUGGAGACCACUCUUCUGUUGGUGAGCGUGUGUGUGUGUGACUGAGUGUCAUCAUUUUUCCUUUAAAAAGAAAAAUGUAAUAUUUUAAUUAAGUUGAGGGGAUGUUUUUUUUUUUGUGUGUUUGUAUAUUACAUAGUUUAAAUACCUGUACAGGAAGAAGCGAAAAGAGGGUUUGGCUUAAUGAAGUAUGAUGAAGCACUUGUCAAACAACACAUUCAUCGCAGCUUGUCUGGAUUCAGUGGCGGUCAUCAUUCACACACGUUAUCAGCAGUAUCAGUGUGGAAGUACAGAGGAAACUACUGUAAAGAUGAUAAUGUUGAUUUUUUAUUAUUAUUAUUUUGAACUUUGAAGUGUAAAGUAACUUUUUGACU